AUGGACCAGCAGGAGGCACUGCGCCUCCAGAUAAAGGAGGAGGAGGAAGAACUCUGUGUGAUGUUGUCUCAGCUUCAUCAGCACCAAACAGAAAAUGGAGAUCUUCCAACCAGCAGCUCAGGCGACCAGAUAAAAGCAGAAAUUGAAGUGGAGAUCUGUGGAGCAGCAGAGUCCAGCAGGAACCCAGAUAUAGAUACACCUGGAGGAACUUUGAGCCAUUCAGAGACUGAAGAGGAAGAUGAGGAGGAUGAAGAUGAUGACGAUGAUGAUGAUUGGAACCAUCAUGAAUCUCAGCUUAGACCAUUGUCAGACUCUGAAACUGAWGGCAUUCAUCAAAAAUCACAUUUAAGCAAAAGCACAAAAGUUGAAUUUGAUGAAAAACCAUUUGGUUGUGAUUCUUGUGGGAAAAGAUUUUCCUUAAAGUCAUCUUUAUACAAUCACACAAAAAUCCACACAGGAGAGAARUCAUUAUYCUGUGAUUUCUGUGGGAAAACAUUUAAUUCAAGUUCAGAUUUAAAGAAACACACACGAGUUCACACAGGAGAGAAACCUUUUUGUUGUGAGGAUUGUGGAAAAAGAUUUUCCCUAAGUGCAUCUUUGAACAGACACAUGAGAGGCCACACAGGAGAGAAACCCUUUGGUUGUGAUGUUUGUGGGAAAAGAUUUACCUUAAACUCACAUUUAAAGACACACAUGAGAGUUCACACAGGAGAAAAACCGUUUCGUUGUGAUGAUUGUGAAACAAGAUUUUCCCAAAGGUCAGCUUUAAAAAGACACAUGAGAAUUCACACAGGAGAAAAACCAUUUGGCUGUGAUGUCUGUGGGAAAAGAUUUAGCAUAAAGUCACAUUUGAAAACACAUAUGAGAAUCCAUACACAAGAAAAACCMUAUAGUUGUGAUGACUGUGGAAAAAGAUUUUCCUUACAGCURUGUUUAAAGAGACACAUGAGGAUCCACAGAGGAGAGAAACCUUUUGGUUGUGAUGUAUGUGGAAAAMGGUUCAACUUAAAGUCAAAUUUAAAGGUACACAUGAGUGUCCACACAGGACAGAAACCCUUUGGUUGUGAUGAAUGUGGUUUAAAAUUUAGCAUAAAGUCUAAUUUAAAGGCACACAUGAGAAUCCACAAGGAUGAAAAAGCCUUUGCUUGUGAUGAAUGUGGAAAAAGAUUUAACGUAAAGUCUAGUUUAAAGAGACACAUGAAAAGCCACAAAGGUGAACGRCCYUUUAGUUGUGAUAUUUGUGGAAAAAGACUCGCCUUGAAGUCUAGUUUAAAGAGACACAUGAAGAUCCACAUGGAAGACCAACCUUAUCUGUUUGUGGGG